UACUGUCAGUAGCGAUAAACAUAGAUAAAAUAUAUUUGUAAAGCGAUUUUAAGGUAAAAUAUGAACUUGAUAGAAGAGAAGAAACUAGAGAUAUCAAAUAAAUUAGAAAAGGAGCAGUCUAACCUGGCUUUAUUGCAAGAAAGGUUAUCAAAAAGUGCACAACUGACAAAAGGAAUAGGUUCAAUUUUGAAUACUUUUGAACAGAGAUUAUCUCGAUUGGAAGAUACAAUUUUACCUGUAUAUAAUGACACUGAAAACUUGCAGAAGGCUCAAUAUAAUAUUGAUCGUACUUUGCAACUAUUAGAUAAUGUUAUAAGUUAUUAUGAAGUGUCCAGUGAGGUAGAAAAUGUUAUAGAAAGAGGUCCAGGUGAAGGUGGAAUAGACUUGUAUGCUUAUUUAGAUGCCCUAAAUAGAUUAGCAAGUGCUCAGAAAUACUUUGAAAGAAACAUUCCACAAAGUGUUGAAUUGAUUAAUGUCUCUCAAUUCUUUCACAAAGGGAGUGAUAAAUUGAAUGCUGAAUUUAAAACUAUUCUGGGCAGAUACAAUACACCCAUAUUACCAGUGGUUUUAUUGGAUUUGAUUAAUUUCGAUGAUUCUACAAAUACCAAAGAUGUCAAAGUAAUCCCGAAACAAAUACCUGAUGAGGCAAAAUCUCAGUUAAUCCAAAUAGCUUCAUGGCUUUUAAGUCAUGGUCGUGAUGAAUACUUAACCGUAUAUGGAAAGGUACGAGGAGGAGUUUUGCAAAGGUCACUCACAAUGUUAAGAAACCAUCAGAAAUCUGUUAGUGGAGGAAGUGUACACGGAACAACUAGUUCCCCAAUGUUG